AUGCGUCAGAAGCAGGAAGGAACAAGCGAGUUUCAAUCCAACCCUGCCAAGCCGGCGAGCACUUACAAAACAUUCUACCACGACGGGCGGACACACUUCCUCAACGAGCCUCACUGGGAACCGGGCGAUGGUUCCACACACCUGGUUUUCAGCAAUCCGAUACGGAACUACGAAGACUACCUUGACCAGCAUCCAGAUAUUGCCUUCACCAUACUCAAUCGAUACGACUCUAGGCCGCCAGCAGAUCGAUCCAGAAUCGAAGGCCGAGAUGGCACUUUUCGCAAGCCUGAACCCUUGUACCAGCUGCUCUCGCUGGUCUCAGAAUCCAUGAUCGAGGCCGUCGAGGACUUUGUAGAAAAUGUGCCCAGAUUCAAGGAGCUGUUUCCUGGAUUCAACCCACGCCAACAAAUCAGGGCGCCCUAUCUGUUCAUGUUUCAUAGCGCACGGUAUUUGCCAGACAUACUCCCCGACUUGGACCCAGUCAGCCAAUACCUCAUCACGCAGCUCGCGAACUGCAUAGAGGCAAGUCAUGGGUUCGAGCACGAGUCAGCACGAGCGCAGGCUAGGAGCGGGCGCGUCUCGAACAAUCUCUUUGGCUACCUUAUUCGCCCAGGGGAUGUGUUAAUCCAGAAGACCGGGCCCCUGACACAGGCCUAUGUCGCGCUUGACUGGGCUAAGGAGACCGAGGCGUCGCGCCAGGAGCGGCUCAGCGACUUCCACUACGACCAGUGGGAUAAUCGUCGAGGAAAGCCGUCUGACAAUUGGGAUCCGAAGCAAGGAGAGAGGAAAAGAUGGUUCGAGUGGUCUGUGCCAGUCUGGAAUUGGGUAUUUGACGGCCGCUUCCAGGCACGUCACCAUGACUUGGAAGUGGGUGUGAAGGCAACGUAUUCGGGCGAACUCCUCCCAAUAGAAGAGCUGUCAGUCAUCCCGCUCAAAUACGCCCCAGCAGAUGUCAAAGAGAGGCUGGAAAAGAGGGGUCGCAUGUUUUGGAGCCUCCGACACAGAAGAUACAUCAGCUACAGGCAAAGAGGGGAUGCUGACAUUACAAAGCUCGCCGAUCGUUUCAUGGUCGACGUCACCACGUACAAAAAGUUACAUCCAAAAUCCGACAUUAGCAAAAUGCGUUUACGCUCCGACGUUUCGUGGAAAGCAAUGCAAAGCGACAACCCACCAGAGGGUGUGGGUCUUCUGGUCUUCCCAAACAUGAUUCCCGGGUUCAACUUGGUCCGCAAGUCGUGGGAAGAUCUAUAUGUAGACAACAUGUCCCCUGUCGUCUGGCAGAAGCAAGCAUUCGCCGAUCUGGUGGUCGAUGACGAAACCAAAGAGCUUGUCCAGGCCCUUGUCAUGAAGCAACUCACUACUGAGCAGUCUACCGACCUGAUCGCAGGCAAGGGCAAUGGCCUUAUCAUCCUCCUCCACGGUGGGCCUGGUACUGGCAAGACGUUUACGGCAGAGGGAGUUGCCGAGUUUGCAGAGAAGCCCUUGCUUAGGGUAACGUGCGGAGACGUGGGGGCCGUGGCAGGUGUGGUUGAAAGAAAACUGCAGUCGUCUUUCUACCUUGGGAAGAAGUGGGAUUGCGUCGUUCUCCUCGACGAGGCAGACGUGUUCCUCGAGGAGCGCGAUAUGAAGGAUUUGAACCGCAAUGCGCUCGUCUCCGUGUUUUUGCGCGAGCUCGAGUACCACGACGGCAUUUUGAACCUGACAUCCAACCGGGUGGGCACGUUCGAAGAGGCCUUCAAGUCACGAAUCCAACUCUCCUUACAUUAUGAGAACUUGGGGAUAACCCAGAGGCGCAAGAUUUGGCGCAACUUCAUCAACCGUGUCAAGAUUCUCGAUCCGACCAUCGAUUACGACGGUAUAAUGGAUCAUCUGUAUGAGCUGGCGAAAGUCGACAUGAAUGGUCGCGAGAUCAGAAACGCCAUGACCACGGUGCGGCAGCUUGCGCAGUUCAAGGAGAAGGCGUUGAGCUAUUCGCAUCUCAAUCAUGUGUUGAGAGUCAAUGGCAAGUUUGGGCGCUACCUGAGUGACCUCAGGGGUGGCUUAACAGAAGACGAAGAUAAGCGGGACCGUGGGCUGCGUUUGUCAUACAAAACCCCGACUACUCGGCCGAACGAGUCGCCAUUCUAG